GAAGAAGAGUGGAUUGCCGAUCUGGCCGGUGGACCGUGGGACGCUGACUUGACCGUUCAGUUCUUACGUGAGGCCCAGGCGUAAACCGCGGUUCGGUUCACCGUUCCCUUGUUUACGGCGUAUGUGACGGCACGCAUGGGGGGCCGUGAAAAACUCUGACUCUUCGGUCUUGCUCUGUUUCUCUGCCAUGGAUUCUCUCUUCUCUCUUCCGCUGAACUCGGGAACGUAAUUCUGUCCUAUUCUGGAGAAAUAACAAGGAAAACAAACAUACCAGAACAAUGAACGGGUUUCACAGCACGGACAAGCCUCUGAAUAGGGCAAGCGAGGUUGAUCAUCUUAUCGAUGCGGUCAAGUCCCUAAUCAUCCCCUACAUCCGGGACGCAGACAACGCCGCCUCCUUCCGAGCCACCGGCCAACUACCCCCAGAUAACCGCAAUGUCCUUGUCAGAUCCCUCCGACCGGACCAACUCGUCAAGGAACUGGCGCUUUCCCUCCCUUCAGGCGAGGGCCAGGGUUCGCAGGGUCUUCUAGAAACCAUCCAGUCCAUCCUCUCUUACUCCGUCAACACGUGGGACCAAGGCUUCAUGGACAAGCUGUACGCCUCCACCAACGCCGUCGGUGUCGUCACUGAGCUGCUUCUCUCCGUUCUCAACACCAACCUGCACGUCUACCAGGUAUCUCCCGCCCUCAGCGUGAUCGAGAAAUACACAGCCAAGCAGUUCGCCUCGCUGUUCGGCUUCACCGGCCCCCGCGCCGGAGGCGUCACCUGCCAGGGCGGCAGCGCUUCAAAUCUGACCUCCAUCGUCAUUGCCCGCAACACGCUUUUUCCCCUCUCCAAGAUUCACGGUAACGGGCACGAGCAGUGCGGCGCCCCCGGCCCGCUGAUUCUUCUCACCAGUGCUCACGGGCACUACUCCAUUGAAAAAGCCGCCAUGACGUGCGGUUUCGGGUCCUCGGCGGUCUGGACCGUCCCCGUCGAUGAGCAAGGGCGCAUGCAACCCGCCGCUUUGCGCGAGAUGGUCCUCAAAGCCAAGAGCGAGGGAAAACACCCCUUUUACGUCAACGCGACGGCUGGCACGACGGUCUUGGGCUCGUACGACCCGUUUGACGAGAUCGCGGACGUGUGUGACGAGUUUGGAAUGUGGUUGCACAUUGAUGGGAGCUGGGGUGGCCCGGCCGUCUUUAGCAAGAAGCACAAGCACAAGAUGCAAGGGUCGCACAGGGCGAGAUCAUUGACGGUGAAUCCGCACAAGAUGCUCAAUGCCCCGGUGACGUGUUCGUUUCUUUUGACCAAUGAUGUCAAGGUUUUCCAUAGGGCGAAUACGUUGCCGGCUGGCUAUCUGUUCCACGGGCCGGCGACGGAGGAUGCUGAUGGGGAAGAGAAUGCGCAAAGCCAAACCCCUUCGGAAGGAGUGACUUCAAACGGAUGUGGAAACGGGAACAGCUCAGACGAGGUCUGGGAUUUAGCCGACCUGACGCUCCAGUGCGGUCGCAGAGGCGACGCGCUCAAGCUGGCUUUGUCAUGGAUCUACUACGGCGCAGCCGGGUUCGAGCGGCAGAUUGACGGCGCCUUCGACAUGGCCGCCUACUUGGCCAAUCUGAUUGCCGAGCGCAACGACUUUGUGCUGGUGUCGUCGAACCCGCCGCCUUGUUUGCAGGUGUGCUUUUACUAUGCCCCCGGCGGGAAGUUGGCGGACCAGCCCGAAGAGAACACCAGGAGAACGAGAAUCAUGGUGGAGAAAUUGAUUGCGAGAGGGUUCAUGGUGGAUUAUGCCCCGGGCGAUAAGGGUAGCCUCUUUAGGGUGGUGGUUAAUUGCCAGACGUUGAGGGGAACGGUGGAGGGGCUCGUUAAGGGUUUGGAAGCUAUUGGAAAGGAGAUUGUGCCGCAGUGAUGUUGGCGAGGUUUGGAUGGUCGCGUUCGUCUGGAUACCUCCGCGAUCAAGUUGAAUUGCAUAUGGUUGGAAAGAUGGGCAGACGCAGAGUGGGUGUAUAUAAAGUAAAGGGAUCGUUAGAAUUAGAUGUUCAUGGAAA